AUGGAUGCCCCGGUACAGAUUUUCCGGGAGGAGCCGGACUCCACUUGCCCCCCAGGGUCCUGUCAUCCCCCCAGCACCAGCAGCAGCUGGGUCCUGGGCUGGGUGGACUAUGACAGCAAUGCCACUGGGGCCUUUGGGGACACCCAGCACAACCACACCAGCAUCUCCCCUGCCAUCCCCAUCAUCAUCACUGCUGUCUACUCAGUGGUCUUCGUUGUUGGCUUGGUGGGAAACUCGCUGGUCAUGUUUGUCAUCAUAAGAUACACAAAGAUGAAGACAGCAACCAACAUCUACAUUUUCAAUCUAGCCAUGGCAGAUGCACUAGUUACCACGACUAUGCCUUUCCAAAGCACUGAGUACCUGAUGAACUCGUGGCCCUUUGGUGAUGUGCUGUGUAAAAUAGUUAUUUCCAUUGACUAUUACAACAUGUUUACCAGCAUAUUCACACUGACCAUGAUGAGUGUUGAUCGAUACAUUGCUGUGUGUCACCCUGUGAAGGCACUGGACUUCCGUACACCUCUCAAAGCGAAGAUAAUCAACAUCUGUAUUUGGCUACUGUCCUCAUCUUUUGGCAUAUCUGCCAUAGUUCUUGGGGGUACCAAAGUCAGGGAAGACACUGCUAGCACUGAAUGCUCCUUGCAAUUCCCUGACAAAGAUUAUGUGUGGUGGGACCUCUUCAUGAAAAUCUGUGUCUUUGUCUUCGCGUUUGUUAUUCCAGUUCUCAUUAUAAUUGUUUGCUAUACUCUGAUGAUCCUGCGCCUUAAAAACGUUCGGCUUCUCUCAGGGUCUCGAGAAAAAGAUCGAAACCUGCGUCGCAUCACCAGGUUGGUGCUUGUGGUUGUGGCAGUUUUUAUUGUCUGUUGGACUCCUAUUCACAUUUUUGUGCUGGCUGAAGCGUUAGGGGAUGUGUCCCACAGUACUGCUGCUGUAUCCAGCUAUUACUUCUGUAUUGCUUUGGGUUACACCAACAGCAGCCUCAACCCAAUCCUGUAUGCUUUUUUGGAUGAAAACUUCAAGAGAUGCUUCAAGGACUUCUGCUUCCCCUUUAAGAUGAGGAUGGAGAGGCAGAGCACCAGCAGAGUCAGAAACACUGUGCAAGACCCGGCGUAUAUGAGGGAAGCAGAUGGGACAAAUAAGCCUGUAUGA